CAAAUAUGGCACAACCUGCAGCUCUGAGUCUAGAAGGCGACCCUCGAAUGAGUGCCUCUGGCCCUGGCAUAGCACAGCUUUCUACACCAGCACUUAGAAAUCUACAUGACCCUUCAGUGACAAUCGAAGAAUACUUUUACUGGGCAAAGAUUACUCGUGAAGAGCAGAGAAACAUUCCCACGGUCAAAACACCGGCUAGGAAGCUUUUGAGCUUUGGUAAACACGAUGCAGCCUCCACCACCAUCACUGGAAGCGAUCCCACCAAGUCUGAAACUUCCCAAAAGGUACUGGGUACAGCGACAGACGAAAAGACUGGCGAACCUGAAGCUCCUGCAGAUGUCGGACGAGCUGCUGUGACAGAGGACGAGUGGUUACAAGCCUCCAGAGCUGCAAGGACAGCGACUUGGGGAUCUGUCUUCUAUCUUAUCACCACAGACAUUCUCGGUCCUUACUCUNNAUGGGCUUUGGCGCAGAUGGGAUAUGGCCCAGGUAUUGUUCUGUACACCAUUUUUGGAGCUCUGGCGGGCUACACAGGUUGGCAGAUCUGGCAAAUGUUCCUCAAACUCGAUUCCGACCAUUAUCCUAUGAAAACUUUUGGCGACAUUGCGUUCAGAGCCUACGGACGGGUCGUACGCCACCUGGUGAACAUCUUGCAAGCAAUUCAACUCAUCUUCAAUGUGGGAGUCAUCAUCAUCCAAAAUGGACAAGGUCUUUACCAGAUCAACUCGAAUAUCUGUUAUAUUGUGAAAUACGGCUGGAUCGCCAAUUGCGCCGUUUGGCUCAAUGUUACUGUCAUGAUUCUUACAAUGGCGGUCGCUGCUGCUAAAUCUAACGGUGUCGAUGUUGGUCCUCCUGCGCCUCCAGUCAUGACCACUGCUGGUCCUCCAGCUACCGUCGAGUUUAGUGGACAAAUUGUGGGGUUGAUGCAAGCUGUUUACUCCUAUGGCGGUGCCAUGCUCUACUGCGAGUUCAUGAGCGAGAUGCGCAAGCCUUUUGACUUCUGGAAGGCACUGAUCGUUGCAGAGACCUUCAUUUAUGUUGUCUAUCUGUUCUUUGGCAUCUACGUAUACUCAUUCCAGGGCCAAUACACCAUCAAUCCAGCCCAGCAGGGCAUGUUUCCUCAUGCGGCCUUGACCGCGGGCAACAUCAUCGCUUUUGUGACGGCCCUUAUAGCUGCCGGCUUGUAUGGAAAUAUUGGAAUCAAGGUCAUGUAUCAGAACAUUUUCCAAGAAUUGUUGGGUCUGCCAGAGCUUACCACAAGAGCGGGAAAGCUCCUGUGGACAGGCAUCGUGCCGAUUUACUGGGGAGUAGCCUUCAUUCUUGCUGCCGCAAUUCCACAAUUCAGCGCACUUUCUGGUCUCGUGGCAGCUCUUUGUAUCCUCCAAUUCACGUACACCUUCCCACCUCUGCUCAUGGUAGGAGUGCAAGUCCAGUACGACGCGAUCCGCCCUGAUCAAGGCGAAGGUUUCAACCCAGCUACUGGUGAGACGGUACGACAUGACCACGGCAUGAAGAGAUGGAUCCGUGGCUUCUUUGCUCGCAGAUGGUACAUCAAGCUUUGGAAUGUCAUCUUCUUCCUUGGGGCUCUAGUGACUUGCGUUUUGGGAACAUAUUCUUCGAUCAAGUCGAUGAUUGAAGCCUAUGCUUCGGGCUCGUCGACGGCUUUCAGUUGUGUCGGACCGGUU